UCCAUCUCUAUCUCCAAUUCCUUCUCCAUCGCCUCUCAUCUCCAUCGACUCCUCCGUAUCCUCCGAUUCCACUGCAACUCAUCUUCUCCGUCGACUGUAACCCCUGCUUUUUUUCACUUUUUCUGCAAUCAUCUCCAUCUCUAUCUCCAUCGGUUCCUCCAAUUCCUCCAAUUCCUCCAAUUUUUCAGAUGGACUCUCUCAUACCUAACAAUGGGAACCAAAGAUGAAAUCCCUAACUUGACAAUUUCCUUUCUCAAACAGUCUCCUUCCAGUAAAAGAAAAAAAAAACUUUCCUCUUCUCCACCGUCAACACCACACUCAAGCAAGCAAAAAUCCCCCUUUCUCCUCCUCGAAGAGGCGCAACAGGGUGCAGCCCCAGGUGCAGCAAGGCAUAGCCUCGGGUGCAGCAGGGCGCAGCCCCAGGUGCAUCAAGGCGCAGGCUCGGGUGCAGCAAGCGAGGGGGCGCAGCAGGGCUUGAUCGCCUUUGAUGGCUGCUGGCUGAAAUGAAGGCUCGGGAGAUGAGAGAGAAAAGGCCCAAAGUCAGGGUGAGGAAGAAGACUUUGGCUAGAGUUCCAAGUGAGUGCAAAGUAGUAUCAGUAGACUCAAUAAGUAAAAUAGCAACUUUUGAGUCAGUUUCCACAAUAAUUUUAGAGAUUCUUUUUCCAGCAGCAAUUUCCAAGCCAUCUCUAAUAGCCCAUAAUUCUGCAGCAAUACUUGUGGUCCAUCCAAUGCUUCGUGAGAAGCCAACCAUCCAUCUGCCAAGAUGGUCAUGUAGCAAGCCUCCUGCCCCAGCUAUACCAGGAUUAGUAAGGGAAGAAUCCAAGCUAAUUAUACUUACUAAACUAUUUACGUGGCCAUAACAAAAGUCCAAACUACGCUCUGGAAUGGAAGAACUCUCAAAUAAGGCACACAAAACACU